AUGGGGGGGGCUUGCAGCACUCGCUGGGCCAUCCAGCAGCUCACACAGCAAGAGGGCACAAGGCAGCGAUGGCAGUUCGGCGAACCCUUGACGCAAUUGGACGGAGCUCUGCCUCCGUUGAGCCCUUCCCCCAACCCCUGCGGAAGAACAAGUUGUGGAGCAGGAUACGUGUGCAAGGUUAUAUACAAUCAGCCACAGUGCAUCCCUGAGCCUCACACCUGCAGUACCACCCAAUGCCAAGAGGGGAUGCUGUGUGAGAUGGUCGGGGGCCUACCCAAGUGCAUCCCUUACCCACCAUCUUGUCAUCAUGUCCAAUGUCAAGAAGGGACAAUAUGUGACCAGGCAGAUGGCUUCCCGAAGUGUGUACCAGCUCCGCGGUCGUGUGCUGACAUUCAGUGCAAAGAAGGUGCCAUCUGUGUGAUCACUAACAAUUGGCCUGAAUGUAUCCCAGCGCCCAGGUCCUGCCAACACACUAGGUGCAACCCGGGAACGGUGUGCAACCUUAUUAAUGGAUGGCCCCAAUGUGUGCCCAACAAGCCUUCCUGUCAUGAACUCCAGUGCAAAGAUGGGACUGUAUGUGAAAUUGUUCACGGUCAUCCUAAAUGUGUCCCAGCACCUGCAUCAUGCGGAACAAUCCUGUGCAACAAAGGAGCCAUGUGCGAGAUGGUCAAUGGCCGACCAAAGUGUGUGCCUUUGCCACCAUCUUGCCUGCAUGUUGAAUGCAGGCUAGGGACUAUGUGUGAUAUUGUUGAAGGCUGGCCUACAUGUGUUGCGGGGCCGACCUGUGAGAAUUUAAAAUGUGUGGCCGGAACUGAAUGCAAGACUGUAAAUAGCUUGCCCAUAUGUGUGCCCAUCCCAGCCUCCUGCAACACGAUCCAUUGCAAAGAAGGAAUGCUCUGUGAGAUCAUUGAUCAUGUGCCAAAGUGUGUGCCUGCCAUAACAUCCUGUGACACAAUCCAGUGCACGGUGGGGACCAUCUGCGAAAUGGUUAACGAAUGGCCCGUGUGUGUGCCCAUGCCACACUCCUGUGAGAAAAUCGUAUGCAAAAGUGGGACAGUAUGUGACAUUGUAAAUGGCUGGCCAACGUGCAUUCCAGAGACACCGACAUCUUGUGCAUCCGUUUUUUGCAGAGAGGAGGCUGUGUGUGAAAUGGUUAAUGGGAUACCUACAUGCACCCCCAUCCCGCUUUCCUGUGAAAGAUACUCCUGCAGGCCGGGAACCAUAUGUGAAGUAGUAAAUGGAUGGCCUACAUGUAUGCCGUUGCCAACUUCCUGUCAGAAAAUAGAGUGCGCGCAGGGGACUGUUUGUCAAAUCGUUGACAGCUGGCCCAAAUGCGUUUCCAUCCAGACCACCUGUGAAAAAAUGAAGUGUAAAGCAGGAACCAUCUGUGAAAUAGUUAAUAGUCAAGCUAAGUGUGUUCCAGUCCCUCCUUCCUGCGAAAACAUCUAUUGCCGACAAGGGACAAUUUGUGAAUUUGUCGGAGGGUGGCCCAAAUGUAUUCCAAUCUCACCAUCCUGUGACAAAGUCCAUUGCAAACCAGGGAGCACUUGUAAAAUGAUUGAUGCCUGGCCUCAAUGUGUACCCAUCCCACCCUCCUGUGACAAACUGGGUUGCAAAGAUGGAACCACCUGUGAAAUGAUUGAUGACUGGCCCAUGUGUGUUCCCGUUCCAGCCUCCUGUGACAAAAUCCAGUGCAGAGAGGGAACGCUUUGUAAAAUGGUCGAUGGAUGGCCCACGUGCCAUCCCAUACCGAGCUCCUGUGAAAAAUUGAAGUGCGAUGUUGGGACCGUGUGUGAGAUAUACAGUGGCCAACCAACAUGUAUUCCCCUCUCCCCUUCAUGUGAAAAAUUCCACUGCAAAGCAGGGACAGCUUGUCAAAUCAGUAAUGGUUGGCCCCAAUGUGUUCACGUUCCCCCUCCCCCUCCUCAUUCCCCUCCCCCUCCUGCUCCCCCUCCUGCUCGUAUUCUCAACCCAAUUCCCCCCUCCUGUGAAAAAUUGAAGUGCAAUGUUGGGACCGUGUGUGAGAUAUACAGUGGCCAACCAACAUGUAUUCCCCUCUCCCCUUCAUGUGAAAAAUUCCACUGCAAAGCAGGGACAGCUUGUCAAAUCAGUAAUGGUUGGCCCCAAUGUGUUCACGUUCCCCCUCCCCCUCCUCAUUCCCCUCCCCCUCCUGCUCCCCCUCCUGCUCGUAUUCCCAACCCAAUUCCCCCCUCCUGUGAAAAAUUGAAGUGCAAUGUUGGGACCGUGUGUGAGAUAUACAGUGGCCAACCAACAUGUAUUCCCCUCUCCCCUUCAUGUGAAAAAUUCCACUGCAAAGCAGGGACAGCUUGUCAAAUCAGUAAUGGUUGGCCCCAAUGUGUUCACAUUCCCCCUCCCCCUCCUCAUUCCCCUCCCCCUCCUGUUCCCCCUCCUGCUCGUAUUCCCAACCCAAUUCCCCCCUCCUGUGAAAAACUGAAGUGCAAUGUUGGGACCGUGUGUGAGAUAUACGAUGGGCAGCCAAGAUGUAUCCCCAACUCACCUUCCUGUGACAGAUUCCAUUGUAAGGACGGGACUGUUUGUGAAAUCCAUAAUGGCUGGCCCAAAUGUGUCCCCAUUCCAAACCCACCCUCUUGUGAAAAAUUCAGCUGUAAUUCAGGAACUGUGUGUGAGAUAUAUGCUGGGCAGCCAAGAUGCAUUCCCAUCUCACCUACUUGUGACAAAUUGAAGUGCAAAGCCGGGACAGUUUGUCAAAUCAGUAAUGGUUGGCCCCAAUGUGUUCACAUUCCCCCUCCCCCUCCCCAUCCUGCUCCCCCUCCUGCUCCCCCUCCUGCUCCCCCUCAUAUUCCCAACCCAAUCCCCCCCUCCUGUGAAAAAUUGAAGUGCGAUGUUGGGACCAUGUGUGAGAUAUACAGUGGCCAGCCAACAUGCAUUCCCAUCUCACCUUCUUGUGACAAAUUUCACUGCAAAGCUGGGACAGUUUGUCAAAUCAGUAAUGGUUGGCCCCAAUGCGUUCAUGUUCCUGCUCCUCCUGCUGCUCCCCCUCCUGCUCCUGCUCCCCCUCCUGCCCUUGCUCCCCCUCCCCCUCCUGCUCCCCCUCCUGCGCCCCCUCGUAUUCCCAUCCCAAUCCCCUCCUCCUGUGAAAAAUUGAAGUGCAAUGUUGGGACCGUGUGUGAGAUAUACGGUGGCCAACCAACAUGCAUUCUCAUCUCACCUUCUUGUGACAAAUUCCAGUGCAAAGCUGGGACAGUUUGUCAAAUCAGUAAUGGUUGGCCCCAAUGUGUUCACGUUCCCGCUCCCCCUCCUGCUCCCCCUCCUGCACCCACUCCUGCUCCCCCAUCUGCUCCCCCUCGUAUUCCCCCCUCCUGUGAAAAAUUGAAGUGCAAUGUUGGGACUGUAUGUGAGAUAUAUGGUGGCCAACCAACGUGCCUUCCCAUCUCACCUUCUUGUGACAAAUUCCAGUGCCAAGCUGGGGCAGUGUGUCAGAUCAGUAAUGGUUGGCCCCAAUGUGUUCCCAUCCCAUCCUCUUGUGGAAAUGCCACAUGCAAUGUUGGGACCAUAUGUCAAAUGGUUUCUGGUUAUCCACAGUGUGUUCACAGCCCAGCUUCAUGUGCAACAUUUAGCUGCAGUGCUGGAACCAUGUGCCAAAUCAUUUCUGGUUGGCCCCAGUGUGUUCCCACCGCAUCCUCCUGUGACCAAUUCCACUGCAGCGCGGGGACCGUCUGUGACAUUGUGAAUGGUUGGCCCCAGUGUAUUCCCAUGGCAGGCUCCUGCGAAAACACCCAUUGUCAAAGGGGAACUGUAUGUCAGGUUGUAAAUGGCAGGCCGAAAUGUGUACCUGCGACACAGUCAUGCCGCAGAAUUCAGUGCAGUGAAGGGACUGUCUGCAAGGUUGUGAGUGGCUCGCCCAGGUGUGUCCCCAUUUUGCCCACCCAACCAGUCUGCUGGGCCUCUGGGCAGCCCCAUUACCACACCUUUGAUGGACACAGCUAUGAUUUCCAGGGCACCUGUACUUACACCGUGACUAAGACCUGCAAGCCCAGUUCCAAGCUCCCAUUCUUCCACAUCUUUACCAAGAGCCAGAAGAGUUCCCCCUCCUCUUUCGUCAACCAGGUCACCAUCACAAUCUACAGCUACAACAUCACGAUGGUCAAGUACGAAUACGGCCUUGUCAGAAUCAACCAAGUACGUUCCCGCCUGCCCAUAUCUUUGCACAAUGGGAAACUCUCCCUGUUCCACCGCGGAGGCCAACUGGUCAUUGAAACCCAGUUCGGUCUGAAGGUUUACUACGACUGGAAUUAUUACCUUGUGGUGAAGGUCACUCCCGCCUUUCAGAAUCAAAUCUGUGGCCUAUGUGGCAACUACAAUGGAGACCCCAACGAUGACUUUGUUACAUCCUCUGGAGGUUUGGCCACCAAUGCCGUGGAUUUUGGCAAGAGCUGGAAGGUGGAAGAUGGAGACAGUGCCUGUAGUCAUGGCUGCCACGGCAAAUGCUGGCAUUGUGCGCCAGAACUGGUGGCCAGAUAUAGCACGGAGCCUUUUUGUGGCCUGAUUGCUAAACACAGAGGUGGCCCUUUCCGGCACUGCCAUUCCUUGAUCGAUCCCAAGCCCUAUUUGAACGACUGCGUGACUGAUUUAUGUACCUUUCAGGGCUACAAGCAGAUCUUGUGCCGAGCAUUAAAGACCUAUGCUGACGCCUGUCAAAGAGAAGGGGUGGUGAUAACUGCCUGGAGGAAGCACGCCGGCUGCCCCUUGACUUGCCCAGAUUACAGCCAAUAUGUGGCCUGUGGGUCAGCAUGCUCUGCCACUUGCACCAACCCUGAUGCUCCAAAGAAGUGCCACCUGCCCUGUAUGGAGACCUGCCAGUGCAAGCAAGGCUAUGUGCUGGAUGCUGGCAGGUGCAUCCCCAAAGGCCGCUGUGGCUGUGUCUACCACGGUCAGCUCUAUGCGCCGAACGAGCAGUUCUGGGGUGACAACCAAUGUCAUCAGCACUGCUUGUGCAGGGCGCAAGACAAGAAAGUAGUCUGCCACACCUCCCGUUGCAGGGAGGGGGAGGGGUGCCACGUGCUCAAUGGCAUGAGGAAAUGCUACCCCACCAUCUAUGGGACCUGUAUCGCCCUGGGCCAGUUACAUUACAUCACCUUUGAUGGGUUGCGCUUCGACUUCUACGGGACCUGUGUUUAUCGCCUGGCUCACCUCUGCUACAGGACAGCAAACCUGACGCAGUUCGAAGUCCUUGUUCAACAUGAGAGGCAAGGACUCAAGGUCCCUUCUGCUGCCAAACACACAGAGAUCAAGGUCUAUGGGAUGACGGUCACAAUCAGCCGAAGCCAGGUCUUGCUGAAUGGCCUGCUGAUCAACCUGCCCUACAGCAUUGAAUACGACAAAGUCUCCCUCUACCGCCAGGGCUGGGAUGUUGUCCUCACGACUGAUUUUGGUUUGACCGUCACCUUUGAUGGGAAGAAUAAUAUCCGUCUCAUGGUGCCAGGGACCUACAGGGGUUACUUGUGCGGCUUGUGCGGCAAUUACAACGGGCGGCCAGAUGAUGACAUGCUGCAGCAAAACGGAGUACUAACCACUAGACCAGGAGACUUUGGCAGAAGCUGGAAGGUGCGGGAUAUUCCGGGCUGCAUUGAGGAGGAGAAGCAGGCCUGCAGAGACCUUGCCAAUGUGGAGCGCACCCAGAGGACGGGCAGGGAAUGCGGCAGCCUCCUAGACAAGCACGGCCCCUUCAAGAUGUGCCACAACGCGGUGCCGCCUGAGUCGUACUUCAAAGACUGUGUCUUUGACUAUUGCUCCAACAAAGGAAACAAGAAUGUCAUCUGUCACAUUCUCUCCUCCUACGCUGCGGCUUGCCAAACAGCUGGCAUCCAUGUGUAUGAGUGGAGAUCCACCAACCUGUGCAAGCCUGAUUGCCCAGCAAAUAGCCACUAUAAAGUCUGUGCCAGUGACUGCCCUGUGACAUGCCGCAGCCUCUUCAACCCAGUGGUCUGCACUGCCAAAUGCCGCGAGGGUUGUGAAUGCAAUGAAGGCUUUGUUUUGAGUGGUGACCAGUGUGUUGCCAUCUCCCAGUGUGGCUGCGUCCACCAAGGCUUCUACUACAAGGCUGGUGAGUCUUUCUAUCUCAACGGGUUCUGCAAGGAGAGAUGCGUUUGCCAAGUAGGUGGGAUCAUGGAGUGCCACCGUUCCUCCUGUGGUCCUCACGAGGAAUGUCGUGUGAUGGAUGGUAUCCAGAUGUGCCAUGGGGUUGCUCCCAGGAAGAGUGGGACAUGCCAUGUGGCAGGCGACCCACACUACAUCACCUUUGAUGGCACCAAAUUUGACCUCCAGAGCAACUGCACCUACACCCUGGCUAGAAGCUGCACACGCAAGAGCUCUCUUCCUUCCUUCUUGGUCAACGUGGAGAACGAGAGGCGGUCCAAGGGCAAGGUCUCUGUAACAAAGGUUGUGUCUGUCACAGCCUAUCAACACACCAUCUCAAUCUUGCGGGAAAAGAGAGGCUUCAUCUUGGUAGAUGGUGCGGCCACCUACUUACCUUUCCGCUUGGAGACUGAUGGCAUGUGGGCGUACUACCAUGGCGACAACAUUGUGCUCCGGACAGACUUUGGCUUGUUCGUCUCCUUUGACCAGCUCUACCACCUUAUGGUCAAAGUGCCCGACACAUAUCAUGGCCAAAUGUGUGGCCUGUGUGGCAAUUAUAAUGGCAGAGGCCUUGAUGACUUCUCCGUGCCCACCAGCCACAUGCCCGUGAGCAUCCGAGCCUUUGCAGCUGCUUGGAAAGUGGACGGCCCCACAGCCGUCUGCGCUGAGGAUUGUGCGGCUUCGGUGUGUGGAGCUUGCCAACAGAGCCGGAAGGCCAGCUAUGUACACAACAGCCAGUGCGGCAUCCUGCAGGCGCCCUACGGCCCUUUCAGCGCGUGCUAUUCCACAAUCAACCCUGCGGACUUCUACAACAACUGUGUGCACGAUCUCUGCAAGGCGAGAGGAAACCCCGUGAUUCUCUGCAGAGCUAUUCGAGGCUACGUCACUGCGUGUCAAGCCGCUGGUGUUAAGAUCCAGCCCUGGAGGACAGCAAAAUUCUGCCCUAUGAAAUGCCCAGCCAACAGUCAUUAUGAACUCUGCACCAGGGCUUGUCCUAGCAGAUGCAAAGAGGCAACCAGCAUCACCAAGUGUCCCAACAACUGUGCCGAAGGCUGCCAAUGUAAAAAGGGCUACUUCAUGGCUGGAUACCACUGUGCGCCCAUCAGCCAAUGCCGGUGCUUCCACAAAGGCAUGUGGUUUAAGAUUGGAGCGAAGGUGAUCACAGCCAAUUGCAGGGAGCAAUGCACCUGCCAACAGCAGGGCCGGGUGGUCUGCACGCCACUUCCAUGUGCCGCCGGAGAAUCCUGCAUCUUGAGUCAUGCCAAGUGGACUUGUGUUCAGCACGAGGGCCACUGCACCAUUGCCCAUGGGCAUAUCUUCACCACUUUUGAUGGGGUCUCUGGAAAGCUUCCACCUGAUGGGUCCUAUGAAAUCUCUGCUCUCGUCAAUGCCAAGUCUAAGUCUUGGUACCGGGUGGUGGUACAGUUGCAGAAGUGUCCCCAGUGCCCUUCGCCCAUUGUGGUGUCCGUCACCGUCUACUUCCACAAACUUAUUGUGCUGGUGAAGCAGGACAGCUCAGUCUCGGUGAACGGGCAUCCAGUGAACCUCCCAGCCCAACCUUCAAAGGAAGUAUCGGUGAGCUUGGUCCAAAACGUGGUGAUAGUGACCCAAGGAACAGACAUGAGGGUUCUCUACAGCUCCAGAGGAGACCUGACGGUGGCCCUCAGUGGGUCACUGGCCAAUAAAGUAUUCCGAUCUUGUGGGAAUUUCAAUGGCAAUGGCGCAGAUGACCUGCGGUUACCCAACGGUAGUAUAGCACACACCAUUACAGAGGUCAUCAGCCACUGGAGAGUCACAACAGCAACGCAAAAUGCUCGGUUUAAAAUCCACUCCUACUGA